ACCUUUAAAUUUGCAAUCAUUUCGUUCGAGUUCGAUGGAACACAAUCACACACAAUAUAACCUAACUUUUUUGUUGAUACGUGCUGCUUGUACAUUGUAUAUUAAUGUUCUAGUAUUUGUUAGUAUUUUGUAACAAUGGACGUCCAUUCGAAAGAGUUUAUUUCUAGUAAUACUCCUGAAUUAAAGUGCGAGUUCGGUGCCUUAAGUAGGUCCGAUGGAUCUGUUUUAUUUUCUGAAGGGGAGUCAGUGAUUAUGGCAUCCAUUUAUGGACCUGUAGAAGCCACCUUUAAUAAAAUAGUAAUCGAUAAGGCAUCUGUGGAUUGCUAUUAUCGACCUAAAGCUGGAGUGCCAGGUGUACAGGAUAGAUUACGGGAAUCGGUCAUUAGAAAUAUCUGUGAAAUUGCAGUUGCGAUCUCUUUAUACCCGAGAACCGCCGUGUUAGUGAAUGUACAAGAAAUGCAAAACCGCGGACAGUUAAUAUCGUGUGCCAUAAACGCAGUAUCAUUAGCAUGUCUUGAUUCGGGAAUAGACAUGAAGUUUGUUUUUGGUGCAGUAUCUUGUUUCCUGUCAAAUAAUGGGGAACUCAGUUGCAUUCCCUCUAUUAAUGAGGACACUGUUAAAGCUAUGUUGGUGUUUGUUUUCAAUAAUACAACUGGAGGGAUAAUUGCGUCGCAUACUGAAGGCUGUUUUAGCAUUGAACAGUAUAAAAUAGCAUUAGAGAUGUGUAGAAAGGAAAGUCAAAAUGUAUUUAAAUUUAUUAAAACAUCAUUGCUGGCUGCUGAUAAAUUAUAGUAGAAAUGUGAUUUAUUUUAUUGGCUAGACAUCCGCGAUAGUGCUCCCUAGAAUUCCUCGUUUUACAUUUUUUUUAUUACACAUUUCUGUAUAUCCAAUUAAUUCCCGAAUAAUCUUAGACUUCGUCUUCCUGUUAUAGAUGUCGGGCAAUGGUGUUUGUUGUGUUGUUUGUCCUAAAAUAGUUAUCCUACGUUUAUGAAUCGUUAAUGUUGAUUGCAAUGCAAUAAGGAAAAGAACCAUGUAAUACAUUGUUUCUUAGAAUUACUGUAUGAAAUAAGAACUUUUAAUUUAGAAAUGUUUUAAUUUUCAAUUCGAUAAUUGAUAACACAGUCAAUCAACCAUUUAGAACUCCUAUGUUUUAAUUCCAUCAUGUUGUACAUCAAAUCUGGAGCAUGUUUUUCUUCAUAUAUAAUGAAAUUGCAGCACUGGAAAGUACUAGAUCCUAAUAUUGAGAAAAAGGGGUGCACUACUUCACAAGUACUAGCGGUAGGUGGCCUGUGCAAUACAUUUCCUCCACCAGCUUUGAUCAGUCUGAUAAUAUGUUCUUUAUCUAGCUACAAUGCAAUAAAUACGUCAAUAUAAGUAG